GCUGCUGUACCUUUCAUGGUACUCUUUGCUUAUCACAGAAGCAAACCUGGAGGGUGCUAGGUUUAAGUUCGCCCUGCUCACUGGGAGGUGAAGCAGGGGCCCUUCACACUAUGAGAAACACGCUCUUCUCUUUCCUGUACUUCUCUGUGCUUCCCCUGAUACAGGGAGAUUUCGAAAAUGGCACUGAGGGAGUGUGUGGUCAGGUGGUGGCCAAAAACCGCAUUGUUGGUGGCGAGGAUGCCUCCCGUGGAGCGUGGCCAUGGCAAGUCAGUCUCCAGUAUAAUGGGCAACAUGCCUGUGGAGCGACACUCAUCAAUUCUGAGUGGGUGCUGACGGCGGCCCAUUGCUUCCCUCGGAAUUUAAUACUUGAUAACUUUCGAGCAAACCUUGGGAACUAUCAGCUCUUGAACUCAGACUCCAAUGCUGUGUGGUUGAGAAUUUCCCAGGUGAUUGUGCACAAAAACUAUGCUGGAGAUGGGACUAGUGGCGAUAUAGCUCUCGCCCGGUUGGAACAUCCAAUCCGCUUCACCCAAAGCAUCCUUCCAGCCUGUCUUCCGGAUGCCAGUGUCCAGUUCCAAGAGGGCACCUUAUGUUGGGUGACAGGAUGGGGAUCCCCACAAUAUGGAGCUACCCUCGGGGCGCCUAAAACUCUGCAACAGCUCCAGCUGCCCUUGAUAGACACGUUAGCCUGUGAUGCCAUGUACCACAUUGGCACAGGUGUCAGCCCCAGCGAACGAGAGAUCCAGGAUGACAUGAUCUGUGCAGGCUAUGCCAAUGGAGAGAAAGAUGCCUGCUUGGGUGACUCUGGAGGCCCUUUGGUUUGCCAAAGAGAUGGUGCCUGGUUUGUGACGGGCAUCGUGAGCUGGGGUGACAUGUGUGCCAUGCCCAACCGCCCAGGAGUCUACACCCGAGUUGGUUUCUACCAGGACUGGCUAGAGAGACACCUCCCCAAUGUUCGAUUUGGCCUAGUGAACAUCACCAUUUACCCGGUGCCAUCAGCCUCUGCUGCCAUCUACAAAGAUUUCCACUUUGUGCUUCUCCUCAUGGUCUCCUGCUUCACCAGGACGCUUCUUACAUAGAAAAAUAGUGUGGUGCCCCAGUGUUUCUAUCACUAAGAUGAAGUGUUAGAAUAAAAAAAAUCUGUGAAAUGAGAACUUUCCACUAAAACUUCCUGGAGGUUAUGGAUAAUGCAGUUACUUCUGCUGCCCUAUCAUAUCCUUGGUGACAUAUCAGGAGCCCAGUUCUUCUUGAGUGGAUAGUUUCUGGUCUGGGAAGUUUUAGAGAGUUCCAUGAUUUCCAAACAAGAAUAGCAGAGGUUUUUAUGAGCUUGUAAGCACAUCAUGGGUGUCUACAAGAUUAGAGGUGGGGACGGAGUUUUCACUGGUGAAGGAGCAAGAUGGAGCCCUUUGCACGUUUCCCAGUCCUCUUUGUCCUUCUCCCUCCUCCCCAGACUAUCUUCUGGAUAAAGACUUAAAGGCGCUGCUCAUGGAAUCUAGUGAAUGUAUGCAGAUUUGCACAAAUUAUGUCAACCGCAGAGUAUCUGUCUUGCAAUACAGAACUUUUGCUCUUCUCUUGCGGACCGCCUAGGAAAGUAUGAAUGAGGAGGGGCUCUUUCCACCUUGUGUAUGGUAACUAAAAAUGGUAACUAAACAUGUGUGUGACAUGUUAAUUGCUGCAGGGGGUGGGGAGAUUAAAUUGAGUGUGAUGGGUGUUCUUAUUGGAAUGAUAUUGUUAUUGCAGGGCUGUAUUUUCAAGCUGAAGUCUGUAGCCUACUUUCUAUGAUGUCCAGUUUCUUUCUUUUUGCAAGAGGAGUGCAUGGGAAAAAACUGCUCUGUGGCGGGCUAGAAAAGUUGAAUGACUCACCAUGAAGUUGUUGCUAGAAAGAACCAGUGGCUUAAUUGAAUUCAUAGGCAUGAUCCUUUGCAAGUUUCUAUUCACUAUUAGAACUAUGUGUUUAGUUAUAUAAAUCUCUUUGCAUUGUUCUGUAUGUUUGAGGGGUUUGACUAAAAGAAAUUCUAUUUAACUUAUAUUGUCUUGUAAAUUCUGUUUCUGAUUGAGCUCCAUAGAGCUCAAGCAGGCAAAGGUUAUAUUAGCAGCAAACCGCAGGGCCCAGACACCAUCUGCAAACCGUGGUUUGGCUUGCUUAGAGUAGCAAAAAAUGUCAGUGCAUGUACAAUGCUUACCAUAGUUAUCUCCAAAACCAAAGAGACGAAGGUGAAAGGAAACAAUCCUACCCAAGAAGAAAAGAAGAGGGAUUGGGGAAGAGUACGUAAGCUCUCCAAAUGUUCCUGAUCAUCUAACCGUGGUUAAGGUGUGGAAAAGCCUCAGGGUGGCCUUCUGUACACUCUACACACACUGUACAGUUUCUAAGUAUGACUGAAGGCUUGUGCAGCCUCAGUUUGCCUUGAGGUCAUGCAGGGAAGGGAGGGAUGGCUUAACCUUUUAAACUUAUUCCAAAUUUGCACUGCUGGUUAGCCUUUAAAGGAGAAAAGAUGUGUCCUUUACAAAGCUGUUUGGCCAGUUAUACAGCAACUAGAGUUUCUGUCACUAGUUUCCUUCUCAGGGUCUGAAAGUUGUGGUCAGAGGUUUACUGACUCAGUAUGGAGAGGGAUGAACAAGCUCCUUUCUGUUUCUGCCAUCAUUUUCCUGAUUAUCUUCAUAUAGGGAUUGUGUUUCUCUGGCCUUCUGGCCUUCUCUUCAGAACUCUUUUUCUAUAUGUAUUUUCUUUGAAAACAUAAACAUAAAUAUGCAUUUCAAUGCAUAUUUUGCUUCUGUCUUUGAUAUAUCAUACGUGUUUGGAAGUGUAGGCUUCUUUACAAUGGGAAAUAGGUGGCAGGAAGCACUGGCCUCUGCUGCUCCCUUGACCGGACAAUCGAUAGACUUCUGUGUGUCUAGGCAUUGCUGAUUCUUGUUGUGCAGCUGCUAAUUGUUUCAUAGUAGGAAAAAUAAGGGGAAUGGAAAAAAGCUCAGCCAGGGCCAUUUUGAUUUGUUGGGCCUCUAAGUCAUGGGGUACCAAUUGUUUUCCCUAAUGAGAGCUACUUCUGUGUAAUUAAAAAUAUCCUGAGCUACCCCUCCCCUCCGAUGUUACCAAGUUUUGUUCAAAACAUGGACUAAGAAGAGCACCAGAAAUUAUGCAAUCUGCUAAGCAGC